GCUCCAGCAAUGAUGAGCUUCGGCAGCGCGGAUGCGCUGCUGGGCGCCCCGUUCGCGCCGCUGCAUGGAGGCCGCAGCCUGCACUUCGCGCUGGCCCGCAAAGGCGGCGCGGGCGGCACGCGCUCCGCGGCUGGUUCCUCCAGCGGCUUCCACUCGUGGGCGCGGACGUCGGUGAGCUCCGUGUCCGCCUCGCCCAGCCGCUUCCGCAGCGCCGGCGCCGCCUCGAGCACCGACUCUCUAGACACACUGAGUAACGGGCCGGAGGGCUGCGUGGUGGCGGCGGCGGCGGCGCGCAGCGAGAAGGAGCAGCUGCAGGCGCUGAACGACCGCUUCGCGGGCUACAUCGACAAGGUGAGGCAGCUGGAGGCGCACAACCGCAGCCUGGAGGGUGAGGCGGCGGCGCUGCGGCAGCAGCAGGCGGGCCGCGCCGCCAUGGGCGAGCUGUACGAGCGCGAAGUGCGCGAGAUGCGUGGCGCCGUGCUGCGCCUGGGUGCGGCGCGCGGCCAGCUGCGCCUGGAGCAGGAGCACCUGCUGGAGGACAUCGCGCACGUGCGACAGCGCCUGGAUGAGGAGGCCCGACAGCGCGAGGAGACCGAGGCGGCCGCACGCGCACUGGCGCGCUUCGCGCAGGAGGCCGAGGCAGCGCGGGUGGAGCUGCAGAAGAAGGCGCAGGCGCUGCAGGAGGAAUGCGGCUACCUGCGGCGCCACCACCAGGAGGAAGUGGGAGAGCUGCUUGGCCAGAUUCAGGGCUGUGGCGCCGCGCAGGCGCAGACACAGGCCGAGGCGCGCGACGCCCUCAAGUGCGACGUGACGUCGGCCCUGCGGGAGAUACGAGCGCAACUCGAAGGCCAUGCGGUGCAGAGCACGCUGCAGUCUGAGGAGUGGUUCCGAGUGAGGCUAGAUCGACUGUCAGAGGCAGCCAAAGUGAACACAGAUGCCAUGCGCUCUGCACAGGAGGAGAUAACUGAGUACCGGCGCCAGCUACAGGCCAGAACCACAGAGCUGGAGGCACUGAAAAGCACCAAGGAUUCACUGGAGAGGCAGCGCUCUGAGCUAGAGGACCGACAUCAGGCAGACAUUGCAUCCUACCAGGAAGCCAUUCAGCAGUUGGACAGCGAGCUGAGAAACACCAAGUGGGAGAUGGCAGCCCAGCUCCGUGAGUACCAGGACCUGCUCAAUGUCAAGAUGGCCCUGGAUAUUGAGAUUGCUGCUUAUAGAAAACUCCUGGAAGGUGAAGAAUGUCGGAUCGGCUUUGGCCCAAGUCCUUUCUCUCUUCCAGAGGCACUCCCAAAAAUUUCCUCCACGUCUACUCACAUAAAAGUCAAAAGUGAAGAGAUCAAGGUGGUAGAAAAAUCAGAGAAGGAAACUGUGAUUGUGGAGGAACAGACUGAAGAGAUCCAGGUGACAGAAGAAGUAACCGAAGAAGAGGAGAAAGAGGCCAAAGAGCAGGAAGACAAAGAAGAAGAAGGGGGAGAAGAGAAGGCAGAAGAGGGAGGAGAAGCAGAAGCAAAAUGUCCCCCAGAAGAAGAUGUCACAUCUCCAGAAAAGGAAGCCAAGUCCCCUCUGAAGGAAGAGGCCAAGUCACCAGCUGAAGCCAAGUCCCCUGUGAAGGAAGAAGCAAUGUCCCCAGCUGAGGUCAAGUCUCCAGAGAAGGCCAAGUCCCCUGUGAAGGAAGAGGCCAAGUCUCCAGAGAAGGCCAAGUCCCCAGUGAAGGAAGAGGCCAAGUCUCCAGAGAAGGCCAAGUCCCCAGUGAAGGAAGAGGCCAAGUCUCCAGAGAAGGCCAAGUCCCCAGUGAAGGAAGAGGCCAAGUCUCCAGAGAAGGCCAAGUCCCCAGUGAAGGAAGAGGCCAAGUCUCCAGAGAAGGCCAAGUCCCCAGUGAAGGAAGAGGCCAAGUCUCCAGAGAAGGCCAAGUCCCCAGUGAAGGAAGAGGCCAAGUCUCCAGAGAAGGCCAAGUCCCCAGUGAAGGAAGAGGCCAAGUCUCCAGAGAAGGCCAAGUCCCCAGUGAAGGAAGAGGCCAAGUCUCCAGAGAAGGCCAAGUCCCCAGUGAAGGAAGAAGCAAAGUCCCCAGCUGAGACCAAGUCCCCAGUGAAGGAAGAGGCCAAGUCUCCAGAGAAGGCCAAGUCCCCUGUGAAGGAAGAAGCAAAGUCCCCAGCUGAGACCAAGUCCCCAGUGAAGGAAGAGGCCAAGUCACCAACUGAGGUCAAGUCUCCAGAGAAGGCCAAGUCCCCAGUGGAGGAAGAAGCAAAAUCUCCUGAGAAAGUCAAGUCCCCAGUGAAGGAAGAGGCCAAGCCUCCAGCUGAGGUGAAAUCCCCUGAGAAGGCCAAGAGCCCAGUGAAAGAGGAAGCUAAGUCCCCCGAGAAGGCCAAGACUCUAGAUGUGAAGUCUCCAGAAGCCAAGACGCCAGUGAAGGAAGAAGCAAAGUCCCCUGCAGACAUCAGAUCCCCUGAACAGGCCAAAAGUCCUGCCAAAGAGGAGGCCAAGGCCCCAGAGAAGGUCAAAUCCCCUAUGGGGGAUGCCAAAGCUCCUGAGGCCCCCAAGAAGGAAGAGGUGAAGUCCCCUGUAAAGGAGGAGGUGAAAGCCAAAGAGCUCCCAAAGAAGGUAGAGGAAGAGAAGACUCCAGUGACACCAAAACCAGAGGAGAAGGAGGAGAGCAAGAAAGACGUGGUGCCCAAGAAGGAGGCCCCAAAGCCCAAGGUGGAGGAGAAGAAGGAAACUGCAGCAGAAAAGCCCAAAGAUUCUAGAGUGGAAGCCAAGAAGGAAGAGACUGGAGUUAAGAAGAAAGCAGUGACCCCAGAGAAGGAGGUGCCUGCCAAAGUGGAGGUGAAGGAAGAGGCUAAACCCAAAGAGAAAAUGGAGGUGACCAAGAAGGAACCAGAUGACUCCAAAACCAAAGAACCUGGCAAACCAGCAGAGAAGGAAAAGCCAAAGAAAGAAGGGGCGCCAGCAGCACCAGAGAAGAAAGAUACCAAGGAGGAGAAGGUUGCAGAGUCCGAGAAGCCUGAAGAGAAACCCAAAACAGAGGCCAAGGCCAAGGAGGAUGACAAGGGCCCCUCCAAAGAAUCCAGCAAGGAGGCCCCCACUCCCAGCAAACCCAAGAUGGAAAAGGCUGAAAAAUCUUCUAGCACAGACCAAAAAGAUAGCCAGUCCCCAGAGAAGGCCACAGAGGACAAGGCCACCAAGGGGGAGAAGUAAAGCAAGGACAGAGGAACAUCCAGAGCCGCCAAAGAAACUCAGGAGGGUCCCAGGACUCCAGGGUUGGUGUAAGAAAUUUUCAUUUUUCCCCCUCCCUUUAUUUUCCGUAAGAGGAAACUCUGCUUAGAUGAUGGGCCCGCCUUCACUUAGCAAUAAGUUAGCAAGAGAGGACACCCCCAACCCCCAGCUCCAGCACCCCACUCCCCAAGCCCUCCCCAGGCGGUGGACAAUUAUGUUAUGAUAGCUUAUUGUAGCUGAAAGUGAUGUAUGCUGAAUGCCACAUAUAAAAUACUUGACUACAAAAACUGCCCCCUCCUUUCCAAAUAAGUGCAUUUAUUUCCUGUACAACUGACAGAUGACUGCAAUAAUGAAUGAGCAGUUAGAAAUGCAUUACGCUUGAGAUGUCUUAACCUAUUCCUGAAUGCCUUCCGUUUUCCAAAGGAGUGGUCAACCCCUUGCCCAGCACUCUAUCCUGGAAGAGCUGCAGCAGGUGGGGCAGGGAAUUGGCCACUGAAUCAUGCCAGGAUGCACUUUCCACUGGAGUCCACUUUCAAAUUGCUUCCAUGCAAUAAAACCAAGUGCUUCAAAA